AGUCUAAUGUAUGAAUGAAUAUCUCUGAAAAUUAAUCUUGAGCAACGGUUUUCGGUCUAUAUAAUUUAAAACAUAAAAAGGAGAAAAUGAGUCAGGUUUAGUCUUUUAAGCCAUAGCCAAUACUACACUUAUUUGCAGAGACAGAGAGAGAGAGAGGGAGACAGAAGAAACAGCUAUGUUUUGAGGAAGGAGACAUGCAUCAUCAUCAUCAUCUCAAGCUUAUUACUUAACUUCUAUUUCUCUCCAUCUUUUACCACAUCCAAACACCCUCUUUUGCUUGAAUCAGUGACAGACAAUGCAAGUCCCAACAAAUUCAAACAUUCAAGGAUCUCAAUCCUUUAGCUUAACAAAGAACCUGAUGAUGCCCUGCAAGAUGAAGCAUUCGGGUUUACAGCUGCAAGAUCAAGAUUCAUCCUCAACACAAUCUACUGAAGAAUCAGGCGGUGGUUACAUAGUAAGCCCACAGGGAAAGGCUAUUGCAAGUUAUACCAAAUCAACAACCACCUCGUCCAUGGUGUCUCACGAUUCUGUGUUUCCUCCUACUUAUUUCAAUGGCUUCUUGGCUCCUGAAUAUGCAUCCCAAUCAACGGUGCUGCCUCAUGUAGAGAUGAUGGGUUUGGUUACUUCAAGAGUGCCAUUGCCUCAUAACUAUCAAGAGAAUGAACCAAUGUUCGUCAAUGCCAAACAGUACCAUGCCAUUCUUCGUCGCAGGAAGCAUCGUGCUAAGCUUGAAGCUCAGAACAAACUCAUCAAAAGCCGUAAACCGUACCUUCAUGAGUCUCGCCAUCUUCAUGCUUUAAAGAGAGCAAGAGGCUCCGGUGGGCGUUUCCUCAAUACAAAGAAGCUUCAAGAAUCAUCAAAAUCACUCUGUUCUAGUUUGACCACACCGAGCUCCAGUUCAGACCGUGACAACAUGUUCCAGAAUGCACCGUUCAGAUUCUCAGGGUAUCCAUCAACACAUCAUGUCUCAGCUCUCAUGUCAGGGACGUGAGAGUCAUAAUCUUGCUCCAGUUGAAAAGGGGAAGUCAUCCUUGGCUAUAAAAGUGUUAUUUGCUUCUUUACAAAGUUUCUGCCUUUUAAAAAUUAUGUUGUUUUUCUAUCAUCUCAUCAUCUGCAACUUCACUCAACUCUACAUUGAAGUAACUUUCAUAUCAUUGUCAAACUAUAUUGUUAAUUACAAAUACCAUUAUC